GAAUCGCUGACAUUGGAAGAUGUGGCUGUGGAGUUCACCUGGGACGAGUGGCAGCUCCUGCGCCCUGCUCAGAAGGACCUAUACCAGGAUGUGAUGUUGGAGAACUAUACCAACCUGGUGUUUGUGGGGUAUCACAUUAGCAAACCAGAUGCACAGUGCAUGUUGAAAAGAAGAGGACAGCUAUGGACUUUACAAGAUGGGAUCCACAGUCGAUCCUUUUCAGAAAUUUGGAAAGUUGAUCAUCAUCUGCCUGGGCAUUUGCAAGAUGAAAGGAGGGUGAACAGAAUAGAAAAGCGCCAUGAACAUGAUGCCUAUGAGAAUAUUUUUCGUCAUCACAAAAGUCAUUUUCCUUUAUGUCAAAAUGAGGGUGUGUUUGACUUACUUGGAAAAACUGUGCAAUCAAAUUUAUCUUUAAUCAACCAGAGCAGAAGCUAUGAAAUGAACUUCAGUGAGCUUAAUGAAAAUGAAAAAACCUUUCUCCAUGCUAACCACGAACAAUUUCAUAGGGAAAUUAAAUUCUCUGAGAGUCGAAAAUUGAACAGCGUGAAGUCCCAACUCUUAAAGCAUAAGAAAACUCACAGAAUAGAAAAACCUCAUGUAUGCAGUGAGUGUGGCAAGUCCUUCAUCAAGAAGUCUUGGCUCACUGAUCAUCAGAUCAUUCACACAGGAGAGAAACCCCAUGGAUGCAGUCUGUGUGGGAAAGCCUUCUCCAGAAAGUUCAUGCUAACAGAACAUCAGCGAACACACACAGGAGAAAAACCUUACGAAUGUGCAGAAUGUGGAAAAGCCUUUCUCAAGAAAUCACGGCUCAAUAUACAUCAGAAAACUCAUACAGGAGAGAAAUCCUAUGUAUGCGGUGACUGUGGAAAAGGCUUCAUCCAGAAGGGAAAUCUCAUUGUUCAUCAGCGAAUUCAUACAGGUGAGAAACCAUAUAUAUGCAGUGACUGUGGAAAAGGCUUCAUCCAAAAGACAUGCCUCAUAGCACAUCAGAGAUUUCACACAGGAAAGACGCCCUUUGUUUGCAGUGAGUGUGGAAAAUCCUGUUCUCAGAAAUCAGGUCUCAUUAAACAUCAAAGAAUUCACACAGGAGAGAAACCUUUCCAAUGCAGUGAAUGUGGGAAAGCCUUCGCCACAAAGCAAAAGCUAAUUGUUCAUCAAAGAACUCACACAGGAGAGAGACCAUAUUGCUGCACAGAGUGUGGAAAAACUUUUGCUUACAUGUCUUGCCUUGUUAAACAUAAAAGAAUACAUACAAGGGAGAAACAUGUUGAUUCAGUCAAGGUGGAAGACCCUUCCACAGUGAGUCACAGCUCAUCACCUACCAGUGAUCUCAUGCUGGACAAGAACCCUGUUGGUAUAGGGACUGUGCAGAUGCCUUCUGUGGCAGCUCAGACAUCAGUCAACAUCAGUGGGAUUGCUCCAAAUAGAAGCAUAGUCCUUAUAGGACAGCCUGUUGCCAGAUGUGAACCCUCAAGUGAUAACAGAGAAUUUGUGCAGGAGAGAAACCUUAUGAAUACAGUGAAUGUGGUAAUGCCUUCAGUGAUUAAUUAUGUCCUAUUUUAUGUCACAGAAGAUGCAUAG